AUGUCCGAGAAGCCGCCCGACAUAUUUCAAGAACGUGGAAGAGCUUCGCUAUCGAACCCAGAUAUACAGCACUCAUCCUCAAACCAUCAUCAUGCCAGCGGAGAGGCUCCUUGUAGUCCGUUCGAGGUACGCAACAGUGCACGACAGCCUGUCACCAAUUCUGAGCCUCUGAAGCGCCGGCGUGGCAGGCCUAGGGCGCACCCUCCCGCGACCGAUGCUUCAAUCGCUCGAGAAACACGUCUUGAGAAGAAUCGCAUUGCCGCCGAAAAAUGUCGACGACGCCAAAAAUCACACAUUGCUACAAUAACGGCAGAAGCCUCAACUCAAUCCUCUAAGAACAAAGCUUUGAAGGAGGAAGUAGCUGCUCUCCGCCAGGAGCUACUUGAUCUGAAGAAUGAGGUGUUACGCCAUGCUGGAUGUGGAUCAUGGACAAUUGACCAGUACAUUGCGCAAAGUGCUAGUGGUCAAUUCGGCAUGAAAGAGUCAUCCAUACAUACACCAUCACUCAAGGACUUGAGCCAGUCCGAAGGUUCUCCUGUUUCUUCCUGCCUUACGGAUGAGCCUGCUAGUCAAACCGCGACCGUGACCGAGUGUUUGUCCUCCCAGGGAAGUUCAAACUCUAGCGUCGAUAUGGACGAGUACUUCGGCCCCUGGCUCUUGGAGGACUCUGAUCAUUUCAACAUAUCAGAGGAGACAACUUCAUCAUCAUAG